ACUUGAGAACUUCGUACCGCUCCCACCGAAGCUGCCAGUACUAUCAUCGAACGAGUCUCUCAUGAACCUAACUCCCUACAGCUCGCAACAAAAUGAUAAUGACGAGUAUGUUAUGUACUCGGACUCCGAAAUUGGGUCUCAGAACUCAUUGGACUUGCCGAUUCCGCUCAAAUCCAGUCUGGUAGACGGGAUGGACGACAGGGACAGCUCACCUUCGCGUUCAGCCGUCAGAAGAAUCAAAAGUGCCAGUUCCAAGAGAAGAACAUCUCCUAGACGAGAUAGUGGAGACCUGGGUACGCCUAGUCCUAAGCAGAAGAAAAAAAUAAGAAGAAAAUCAAACAAGUCUGAAGGUAGCGAGAAGUCACAUCCGGUCGGUGGAGGAUAUGCACUGGCUCCAGGAACCGGUAAGAUUUUCCGGAAUUUGUUGAUUCUUGAAGAGAGUUUGAGAGAUCAAGUUGCACAGCAGAGAGGUUUGAGACGAAAGUACUUGACAUUCAUGGCGAUUCUUUGUGCAGUGAUAACGUCUAUUGCUCACCAUUUGUACUUUAGUAACUAUGAAACGUCGAGCCCUUUCCGGGUGGUACUCACGUUUGUUCUUCUUGCUUUGAUGAUCACCUUAUUAUUGUACUACUUGUCUGGAGAGUAUCAAAAAACUAUUGUUCUACCCCGAAAAUUCUUAUCGUCAACCAAUAAGGGCUUACGUCAGCUUAAUGUCAGAUUGGUGAAGAUCAAGACACCCUUGAUUGAUUUACUUUCGGACUUGAUACGAGAGUUUCUGUUGUUUGUGAUAAUGACGAUAUUAAAUUUGAUUCAUAAGUUUGAUCCUUCGCUCAAGCACAACAAGGAUUCCAAAAUAGAAGUUUUCUUUGUCUCAUGCCAACUGCAAUGCCAGCCCCGGGUGGGAAUAGCGGAUGUGAAACUUGUGCUAAAUGCUAGAGUAUUCAAUACCGAUAUAAGAGAGGGAUGGGAGUUGUACCGCAGUGAGUUCUGGAUCCGAGAAGGAGUAAGAAGAAGAAACAACUUGAUGAGUUUCGUCACCGGGAAUAAUCAAGAUGAAAGCAUACUCGACAAGGAAAAGCUCUUGAACAGAGAUAGAAGAGAGAGACGUGAUAGGAAAAAAUCCAAUACGGGAGCUCCUGUGUCAACAGGAGCCGGAACAGGAACAUCGACCCCAACUUCCAAUAAGUUGAACGACCAAAACCUUCGUGCUUUGUCUAUCAAGCUUCAUGAGAUGGAUGAUAGUUCUCCAUCGUUGACCGAGUAGACCAGACAUUCAUUUCUUUAAUCUGUAUAAUUACCGUUAGUUUUAGUAGCUCAUUUCAUGAUUUACUUUAUUAUUCGUCACUUAAGAUGUUCAUCGCAGCCCGCUUUCCAAACACCGUACACUCAAGGAGAGAAUUGCCUCCUAAUCUGUUCUUACCGUGAACUCCAGCAGCGAUUUCUCCCACAGCGUACAAGUUAGUAAUGAUCGAGUUUGCCUGGUUUAACGCCUGACCGUUUUCAUUUAUUGCAAUUCCUCCCAUUGAAAAGUGGAGAGAUGGGGUUGUGAAACCAUAGUAAAACUUCAGUGACAAGAAAGGUUCUCCAAAAACCUUUCUUCCAAACUCAUCUUGACCUUCACUACCAACCCCUUUAUUGUACAGUUUCAAAGUUUGAAUCAACUCAUCUUCGUCAAAAGUGGUGCUAAAAGUGUGAACCUUUUGGGUCAAUUCCUCAAGGGUGCCAAAGUACAACAAAUUCUUGGAAACAUAAAAGUUAAUGUGAGACUGGGCCUUGUGGUAGUCUUCCGGGUCAAUGAUGAUGAUCGACACGUACUUCUGGGCCUUUGUGAAGUCACCUUCGGGAAUUUUGCAGUUCUUGAAAACUGCAUCAGAAACAAUGUCUCUGGUUUGCAAUUCGUCUACAAAUCGUUUGGAGGUGAUGGGUGACACCAAGAUUCCCCCAAUUCCUCUCAAAAGCUCACCACACAAAAUCUUAUUUCUAAGAUCCACAUUUGCAAAGUCCACAAACCCGGUGGGGUUGAUUUGGAUUUCGGUCAUAUCAAGAAGCUGCACCUGGCAAUCUCUUACGGCAAUUUUCUGGCCAUCACCUCUAACAGAAUCGGCAUUGGUAGUAGGCAAAUCCACCAAAUCAGGCCUAUACUUUCGAACCAAUGAUUCAUCCAUCUCUGUAUCAGCCGCGUAACCCCCGCUUGCGAGAAUUAAAUCCGAGGUUGUUAGAGUAUGGGUGGUUCCAUCAUGGGUAUACUCAAUGGCUGCAACUUUUUGGUUUUUCAUGAUAAUCCGCUUCAACUGGGACUCAACUUGGAUAUCAAUGUUGGGGCUGUUCUGAACGUGUUCCAAAAGCUUCAGAAUGAUGGCGUACCCAGGAGCCACCUUAGAGUUACCCCGGUGGGUUCGAGGCAUCGAAUGGCCUCCUAGUUGUGACACGGUCAGAAGAUUGAUUCCCUGAUCAAUAAGCCAGUAGAUGGCGUCGCUGGACUCCUUGGCCAAUAUCUCCACCAACUGAGUAUUGCACAAGUUCUUCCCGGAUUUCAAAGUGUCUUGGAUAAAAAGAUUCACGCUAUCUCCUUUGACGGGCUGAAACAUGGUGGGCACUCCAUUGAUUCCAGAAGACGCCUUGAUGGAGUUACCACCGGGACGAAGGGCCUUUUCGAUUAUUGUCACGUGCCGGCCACCGUCGGCCAAGUGAAGGGCGGCUGUUAGGCCUGUUAAGCCUGCACCGACUAUAGUAACGUCCGAGUUCAUCGACUGGGAGAUACAAAACGACCUAUAAAAUGCUCGAUAAGCAAUGGUGGACAAAAUUGCCAAUAGCAAUGGUUUAAGUAGGGAUUUCAACAACUUAAAUAAGCUUUUCUU